GCGACACACAGACCUCAAAUGGCAGGCAGCACAGAUUCACAAAACGGGGGGCGCGUUGUAGCUUCUGAAUGUGGGGACCCCUCGAUUGCUACGGAAAACCUCUCGGACUCCUCAACCAUCAAUAACCCAGCUGAUAUCAGCGUCAUAGUUGUAUACUUCGUUAUGGUGAUAGCGGUUGGAAUAUGGUCGAUGCAUCGGACCAAUCGUGGCACAGUGGGCGGGUAUUUCUUAGCAGGGAGGACUAUGGUAUGGUGGCCUGUGGGCGCCUCACUCUUUGCCAGUAAUAUCGGCAGCGGUCACUUCGUGGGAUUGGCUGGAACUGGAGCUGCGAGCGGAUUGGCUGUAGGAGGCUUCGAGUGGAAUGCAUUAUUCAUUGUUCUGCUGUUGGGAUGGCUGUUUGUUCCUGUUUACCUGACAGCUGGGGUGAUCACGAUGCCUCAGUACUUGAAGAAGCGUUUUGGAGGGAGUCGCAUUCGUCUCUAUCUCUCAGUCAUCUCCCUGUUCCUCUACAUCUUCACCAAGAUCUCUGUAGACAUGUUCUCUGGUGCAGUUUUCAUUCAGCAGGCGUUGGGUUGGAAUAUUUACGUGGCAGUGAUUGCGCUGCUGUGCAUCACAGCUCUGUACACCGUCACAGGAGGCCUGGCUGCAUUGAUGUACACUGACACAGUCCAAACCUUCGUCAUCAUCGCAGGAGCCUUCGUCCUCAUGGGCUUCUCGUUCAGUAAAGUGGGGGGGUAUGCGUGUCUGCUGGAGCGGUACAUGAAGGCUGUCCCGACGCUGACCCAGUCGCUGGUCCCGCUGCAGUAUAACAUCUCGUCCAGCUGCUUCACCCCCCGGACCGACUCCUUCAACCUGCUGCGGGACCCCGUCACAGGGGACCUGCCCUGGCCCGCCGUGUUCGGCAUCGCCAUCGUGGGGGGGUGGUACUGGUGCUAG